GGAGUCUGCACUUUGGAGCCAGAAAAGGAGACACAAGAGGAGAGAAAGUUCAAUCCAGAUGCGAAGGCGCUGGGAUCUCACUGACCGUCACCUCCGGCUACGGGAGUGAAGAAGGAGAACGCUGUUGACCCAAACACAAGGGUUGAAGAACCUUGAGGACGUGCACCCCACCACCGGUGAGAGCUAGUUAUCAUGGAGACAAUGACCGAGAAUGGCAGCGGUGGCUUCAACUGGCAGAAGCGGUGCAUUACGCUGGAAUCCCAACUCUUCAGGUUUCGGUUGCAAGCAGGCAAGAUCCGGGAGCUGUUAGCUGAAAAGAUGCAGGAGUUGGAACAAAGAGUGAUUGAGGCUGACCAGCGGGCAGAGAAUGCAGAGAAACAGGUGCAGGCAAUGAGGGAGAAAUUGAAAGUGGCCAAUGUCCAGACCAGCGAAUCAGAGAACAGUUUAUUCAGGAGGUACCAAGAAGUAACCAGUACACUGCAGGAAAAGGAUGACAUGAUUCAGAGGUUGGAACAACAGUUGGAUAAACAGAACCAGUUAAGAGCCCAGGAAGCGAAGGUGAUUGAGGAAAAGGCGGCCAGAAUCAAAGAGUGGGUGACGUUUAAGUUAAGAGAACUGGAAUUUGAAAACCAUCAUCUCAAAGUAACCACCCGGAAGCAAGCUGAACAGAUUCAGGCCCUGCACACCAAGAUUCAAGAUUUACAAGGCAAGAGACCAGGAGCAGAUUUGACGGAAAUCUCGGAAUCUCCUCCUGUGCCACCGACUCCACAGGCCCUCCCCACGCUUGAGAAGCCUGACCAGGUUACAAAGUUUCCCACCGAGGACAGGAAGGAGCUAUUUCAGCAAAGCUCCACGGUAACAGCAGAGGAAGGAAGACCUGGCGAUGCGGAAGAUCAGCGGAGCUGCAGUCCAGUCCAAGCAAGUGCAAAGACAGAUGCAUGCGGUCUGGAGCCUGCUGGUUCCUCCCAUGAUGGUCAGUCAAGUGCCACAGUGGACAGUGGCUCUGAACUUGAGGGAGUGAGGGCUGAACAGGCUGUGCCUCCAUUGCGAGUGACGAAAGAGACUGUUGUGCUGAAAACAUCUUCAGACAACAAGAGUACUUCAGCCUCAUCGACCAGCACACAGCUGGCCUCAGACCAGGAUGUUUCAUCUGACGAACUCAGCAGCAAGUUCCGCUCACAGAGGCUGGACUCUUCCUCAUCCUCAAGUGAGACCAAUGCACUAAGCCCCGGCGUACCUCCCACACCGCCUGUUAAACUGUCCUCACCGCGCUCACUAAGGCCCACUCCACAAACCUUCACUGCCAAGGAAAGCAGCAUUGGCACCAGCAUGACCCUGCCCAAGGUAAGGACUCCAUUGGCGCCCAGGGACAGUAUCCAGCUGGCGAAGAAACACUACAGCCAGCCGCAGCCUGGCGCGGAGAGGUUCAACCACAUUGUCUGUAUUGACAUCUGCUCCUUCAAACCCAUCGCCUUCCCACGGCAACCCAUCCAGGUACAAGAGACGGAUAUCGACGACGUUCCUGAGCAGAUGGAAACAGAAGAGUGUGAUGGCUCUCCCACACAGGAGCUCUCCCUCCCAUCGCCAUCUGUAUCGAAAGAGGUACUGGAUUCUGAAAGUGCCAAACGUGUCUCGAUCAACAAGCCUCCACCGCCACCCUUACAUCGUUUUCCUUCUUGGGAAGGUCGAAUCUAUGCCCUGGCCAAGUCUGGCAUGAGGAUGUCUGAGGUGACCUUUGGAAGCAGCUCCCCUAAGAGACUGUCAAACCUUCCUGCAAGUAUAACCUCUGGUCCCUUCACACACCUCAUUUACAAGAAUGUGACCAUUCCCGUCUACACUACUUUGAAAGGGAAAGCCACACAAAUCAGCAGCAUUCCCUUCCCGGAUGAGUCCUCGGGAUCCGACGAUGACAGCAGCUCCCAAGCCAGCUUCAGAACAUCCACUGCCGGGUCUGAGUCAAGGAAAAACAGUGGCCCUGGCAGCCCCCGAGCUGUAAAAAGAGGGGUCUCGAUGUCCUCAAUCAGUUCUGAGAGUGAUUAUGCCAUCCCUCCUGAUGCCUGCUCUGUGGACAGUGAUUACUCUGAGCCUGAGCACAAGCUCCUUCGAACCUGCUCCAUCUACUCGACAGAGAGCGGCUGCAAUGAGCCUUUAGAGAAAUCUGGUUACCUGCUGAAGAUGGGUGGCCAGGUGAAGACAUGGAAGAGGCGAUGGUUUGUGCUGAGAAACGGCGAGAUCCUUUACUACAAGUCACCUAGCGAUGUCAUCCGCAAGCCACAGGGCCAGAUUGAGCUCAACUCCUCCUGUCGCAUCAUUCGUGGGGAAGGAGCACAAACCUUCCAGUUGGUGACGGAGAAAAGGACAUACUACCUGACUGCUGACUCCCCAAACAUCCUGGAGGAAUGGAUCCGAGUACUCCAGAGCAUUCUGAAGGUUCAGCUGGCCAGCCCUGUCAUCACACAGAUUGAAUCAAAGCCUUCUGUCAGAGGCUGGCUGACCAAGGUGAGGCAUGGCUACUCCAAGCUGGUCUGGUGCUCCCUCGUAGGAAAAGUGUUCUACUACUUUCGGAACCAAGAUGACAAGUUCCCUCUGGGCCACCUGAAAGUCCGAGAGGCUAAAGUCGGAGAGGUGGACCGUUCCUGCGAUUCCGAUGAGGAUUAUGAGGCGGGAGGCCGAGGGUUCCUCUCCUCACACUUCACUCUGGUCAUCCAUCCAAAGGAUCAAAGUCCGACUUACCUACUGAUUGGAACUAAGCAGGAAAAGGAAACCUGGCUGUACCACUUGACCGUGGCAGCUGGGAGUAGCCGUUACAAAGUUGGCACUGAAUACGAGCAGCUCAUCGGAAAACUGCUGGAUGUCGAUGGGGAGCAGAACUCGCCAAUCUGGAAACACCCUGUACUGUGCUGCAGCAAAGAUGGCAUCUCGAAUGCCCUCACCACUCUCCCCUCGGAAGCACUGCAGACUGAGGCACUCAAGCUGUUCAAGUCAUGCCAACUGUUCAUCAAUGUGCUGGUCGAGGCGCCUUCGAUAGACUAUCAUGUGUCACUGGCGCAAAAUGCACUGCAGGUUUGCUUGACACACACGGAGUUACAAAAUGAGAUCUACUGUCAGUUCAUUAAACAGACCAGCCAUAGGCAGCCGCACAACUUCUCCCUCAUACAGUGCUGGCAGCUCCUGGCUUUGUGCGUCGCUCUUUUCCUUCCCCAGCACCACUUCCUGUGGUAUCUCAAACUUCACCUGCAGCGCCACGCUGACCCCAGGACUGAGAUAGGUAAAUACUCCAUCUACUGCCAAAGGUCAGUGCAGCGCACUCUACGGAACGGAGAUCGGGAAGCCAAGCCAUCCCGGAUGGAGAUAAUGUCAAUCCUCCUGCGGAAUCCUUACCACCAUUCCCUGCCGUUCAGUAUCCCAGUCCACUUCAUGAAUGGUACUUACCAGGUUGUGGGCUUUGAUGGUUCCACCACAGUUGAAGAGUUCUUGAACACACUGAACCAGGAACUAGGGAUGAGAAAGCCUCUACAUUCGGGAUUUGCGCUCUUCACUGAUGACCCUUCUGGGAAAGAUUUGGAACACUGUCUGCAGGGCAAUGUGAAGAUUUGUGAUGUAAUUUCAAAAUGGGAGCAAGCCCUAAAAGAACUGCACCCUGGUAAAUAUGAAAGCAACAGGAUUGUGAGACUCACGUAUAAAAGCCGGAUGUAUUUCAGAGCUCAGGCAAAGGGUGAAACGGAGCGAGAGCGCCUCCUGCUGACAUAUCAGGUUAACGAUGAGGUGUUGAAUGGACGAUUCCCUGUCAAUAAAGACCUGGCAAUGGAGGUGACUGCAUUAAUGGCGCAGGUAGAGUAUGGAGAUCUGGCACGCCCCAACCCUUCCAGUCCAGGUGGCAGCUCCCAGUCUAAGAUGCAGCAGUUUCUGCAGCAGGUUCUGGAGAAAUUCUACCCCAAACACUACCGACAAGGCUGCACCCCUGAGCAGAUCAGGCAACUGGCGGACAGACUGGCUACAAAAUGGAUGCUUCUGAGGGGGUGUAGCGGAUCAGACUGUGUGCGGAUCUACCUGACGGUCACCCGAAAGUGGCCGCUGUUUGGAGCGAAACUCUUCACCGCAAAGCCGAUUGCACCGUCACCCCUUGAUGAGAAGCCCGUGUGGUUAGCAGUGAAUGAAGAUGGUAUCACCAUACUAGAGUGCAGCACAAUGCAUCUCGUGAUAAAUUAUUCCUAUCUGUCGGUCAUGACUUUUGGAGGUUGCCGUGAUGACUUUAUGAUUGUAGUCAGCAAAGCUAAGGAUGGGAACCCAACGAAGACCACCAUUGAAAAACUAGUGUUUGCUAUGGCGAAGCCUAAGAUCCUGGAGCUGACGCUAAUACUUGCCAGCUACAUCAACUACAGCAGCUGCCACUCAUUGCCUAUCUCACCCAACCCACCUCCUGCAACCUUCUCGGGCAAGAAACUGUGGGAGAUCGACAGCAAGCAUUUCCCAACCAUGACGCGGACUACACAAGGUCCUACCCUGCUCUGAGAUCCCAAGUUGACUAGUAGCUGAAGGCACGACGCUGUUGCCCAAGCUAUUGGAGGACAAACCACUUGGAAGAUUCAAAUGGUGCAUGGAUCACUGUUGUGUCUGGACCUUAUAUUUGCAGCUUGUAUUUAAGUGCUCGAGUAGUAUUUAGAGUUGAUUCUUUUUUUCGCCACUACCCAUCUUUUGUGAGUUAAGUGCGCAAGUCCCAGGAUGCUUUGUGCUGUUGCUGCGAAGGCUGGUCCAUAUGCAGUAAACUAGAAUGGUGCAGGCUGUUGGGAAAGGUGCCUUU